AACAGUCUGCGGUAAGCCCUCGCCCAGGUUGGAGGCGACGGUCUGGGUCGCUUCUCCACCUAGUUGUGUCGUGUGCUGGCGUCAGCGUCGUGUUGACGUCUGACCCCUUACCCCGCCAAACCCUCCCAGCUAGCAAAACAAAAUCCUGGAAUCACGUUUAAUCAACGUUUUCAACAUUUAUUAUGUGACACAGUUUAGCUAUCUGGGAGGAGUUGAACCAUCGCGGCUUUACAACAAAAUUUGUUCUCCGUGCUCUUAGUAAUAAAGUUAUUUUAUAUCGAGUGUGGAACUUCUAUAAUUAUAUAUAUAUAUUACGCCACUAACGAACGCACGAACUAUGAAACAAAUGUAUUCGCACGAAUGGAGCCUGACUGGAGGUUUCCUGUUGUGAUUAUACAGGCUGAAGAGCAGGACAAGAGCCCCGCGACCUCCGGAAGCCCCACUCGCGCGGAAAACAUCCACCUCCUGCCCCCUGUUGAUCGCUCAGGUGAAUUAACGCGUUAAAAACUUCAGCGUGGCUAGGCUUCCCUUCCUCUGUGUCGCUAAGUUACCUCCAGCGGUAAACAUGGCCAGAUACAGUGACUAUCUCAACUAGAAAUUGCACUGAACUAGCGAAUUAGAUCCACAUCUUUUGUGGUGGACGUUUUUCGAUCAAGAGUGACGUUGUUUUCGUUUAACCGGAGCAGUGUUGAGGCCGGAAGGUGCUCUGGUGAUUGGAUGGACUCGGAUAUAACGGAGGAGGUCGGUAACGUUCGGAUGGGUGAGGCCGGACGAUACACUUCUGUUAAAUCCUAUUCGAGUAAGUGAGACCACUGGUGCUGCUUCUUGCCCUUCCGGAAGACGAAUUCCUGGACCAGAGAGGCUCUCACUCAGCGACCCGAGGUGUCCGUCUAGCUGUGUACCCAAGAGAUACAAGCCUACGUAUCUAGAUAUCUUUUAAGGAAGCUUUUCGUAGGAACUGUAUGCUUUCCUCAAACGGACGGCGUCUUAUAUAGAGAGAGGUUUUCUUAAAAUCAUAUAAACAUCUUUAGAUAAAUCCGUACAGUUCAUUCGCAUGUUCACCAUAAGAGUUGCUCGAUAGACACAGUCAGUAUUGCUUCCAUUAACAAUUUCGGAAACAUCAUCCGUCUAAAGAUGUCACUCGCUCCUUCCACAAUAACUUCAUGAGCCGUUGCACUCGAGGGUCAAUCCACAGACUAUCUAGGAACUCCAUAUGCUUCAUGAUUCGAGAACUGAUCCACUAUGUUUGAACGCAACUCAUUUCAACUUGGUCACCUGCUGAAGGAGGACUCGGGCUCUGGAGGAGCUGACGCUACCUGGUCACUCUCAAGAUACACAUCUUCCAGGGUUUCCGGACAUUAAAGUUGAGGAGACAAGCCACUACGGACGCGUAUUGGCAGCCGCCAUGAGGAGAAACCUUACCGAGAUGACAUUAAACACCAGCGAAGCCUCGGAGCGUAUGAGGCCUCACUCAUCAUACCGCCAGGACGUCCCGGUUCAGAAUUCAGCGCUGCUUAAGAUCUCUUUAGAGGGAUCCUACACCUCUGAACAGGACCUCGCCUCCUCGCGAGGCGGCCUCGAGGAGUCCUACCUCCCCCUAGACGUCCUGGCGGAGAGGGUUAACGAGACGCUGGCGAACGUGUCGUCAGGGCCGCUCAACGAGACGGAGGGGGUGAUGGAGGGCCUGGUGAAGGAGAUGCCGCAGGAGAUGAUGUUCAACACCUCGCACAUCAUCACCAUCAGCGCCUACUCCUGCCUCAUGGUGCUCUCCGCCCUCGGCAACAUCUCCGUCCUCAGGUCCAUUGCUGGGCACAGAUCUCGGUCCCUGGCCUCCCGAGUGACCCUCAUGAUCCUCCACCUCACUAUCGCCGACCUCCUCGUCACCUUCCUCCUCAUGCCCCUGGAGAUCGGGUGGGCGUGGACAGUGUCUUGGGAGGCAGGAGACGUGGCCUGUCGCAUCCUGGCCUUCUUCAGGACCUUUGGGGUCUUCCUGAGCGGGUUCCUGCUGGUGGCCAUCAGCGUGGACAGGUACUACUCAGUGCUGCGGCCACUCACAGUCAUGGAAGCCAAGAGGAGGGUGCGACUCAUGCUGUGGAUGGCCUGGGGAGCUUCUGGGGUCUGCUCCAUACCACAGACGGUGAUCUUCCACGUGGAGCAGCACCCUGACCAUCCAUGGUUCGAGCAGUGUGUCACCUUCCACAGCUUCCCGUCCCCGACCUACGAGCUCCUCUACAAUGUGGCGGGCUUCAUCGCCAUGUAUGCCAUACCGCUCCUCACCAUCCUCUUCUGCUACGGCUCCAUCGUCAUCGUACUCUACAGGAAAGAUGUGUGGUCCCGGGAAGCCGCGGGGGAGGAGCGGACCCCACCCUCGCUGGGCCGGACUAAGACCCGCACCCUUCACAUGACUCUCAUCAUCGUCCUGGUCUUCUUCUUCUGCUGGACACCUUACAACAUCAUGAGUCUAUGGUACUUCAUCGACAGGAAAAGCGCCCAGCUGGUGGACCCGCGCGUCCAGGCUUCCCUCUUCAUCUUCGCGGUGGCCAACUCCACCGUCAACCCGUUGGUCUACGGCUACUUCAACGUGCGUCGGGGCGCCAAGAACCCGACCCCGCGCCAGGAGUGGCGGAUGAAGCGGAUCGUCUACAAACCACCGUUCCGUCAGCACCUGCCAGGGUGUGUGUGCAGUCCAGCCAAGAGCUCCUCUAGCGACCUGCCGUGUCACAUCCCCAACGGGUACCGCACCCGCUACCCGCCUCACCCGCACAACCACUACCCGGGCGUCUGAAAGCCCGCGCCCGCCAUCUCUCAAGCUACCCGCUUCCCCCGCACCCAAGCGGGUACUUCGGAUGAUACCCGCUUGACGCUGGUCACAACCGCUCUACCUGGUGGCGUUCCGGAGAGGUGUUAACUUGGGCGUUGUUGGUAAGGGCUUACUAGUGGUCACCUUACCUUUGGGAAAGAUGUGUCUGGGGUAGCCAUCCUUCCCUUACCUUCCAGAGGUAAAGGAGAACUAAUCCCCCUCAUCUUACCCUUGUAGUAACGGAAAACCACCCGUUAUACUUCUGAGAUAAAGGGGAACCAUCCCUUACCUUCUUGAGGUGAAUGGGACCCACCCUUUACCUUCCUGUGGUAAAGGGAAGGGAGCUGGGGGAGACGAAACAGUUAAAGUUUUUAUGGAAGAGAAAUAUUGAAGUUCGCAGAGCAACAAAAGUGUCGACAAAGCUUUUCAAAGGUUUAAGAAAGGUGUGAAGAGAACUUGUCACAUUUAUGAGAAAUGUAUUCAAGGAUUUUCUCGGAUUUCUUAGCCAUGCCAGAGUGACAGCCUGUAGCCGUAUGCUAAGUCAGUACAAUGCUGAACGGCAGAACUUCCUGGGGUCAGUGUAUCGGUGCACGGCGGAACUUCCUGGGGUCAGUGUAUCGGUGCACGGCGAAACUUCCUGGGGUCAGUGUAUCGGUGCACGGCAGAACUUCCUGGGGUCAGUGUAUCGGUGCACGGCGGAACUUCCUGGGGUCAGUGUAUCGGUGCACGGCGGAACUUCCUGGGGUCAGUGUAUCGGUGCACGGCGGAACUUCCUGGGGUCAGUGUAUCGGUGCACGGCGGAACUUCCUGGGGUCAGUGUAUCGUUGAACGGCAGAACUUCCUGGGGUCAGUGUAUCGUUGAACGGCAGAACUUCCUGGGGUCAGUGUAUAGGUGAACGACAGAACUUCCUGGGGUCAGUGUAUCUGUGCACGCGGAACUUCCUGGGGUCAGUGUAUAGGUGAACGACAGAACUUCCUGGGGUCAGUGUAUCUGUGCACGGCGGAACUUCCUGGGGUCAGUGUAUCGUUGAACGGCAGAACUUCCUGGGGUCAGUGUAUAGGUGAACGACAGAACUUCCUGGGGUCAGUGUAUCGGUACACGGCAGAACUUCCUGGGGUCAGUGUAUCGGUACACGGCAGAACUUCCUGGGGUCAGUGUAUUUAUGGCCAAUCAAACUUCCAAUGGUCAGUAUACUUCUGGACAGCUGAAUGUAAAUGUAUGUUUUCUUUGUUAAUAUACUGAGAAUAUUGA